AAAAAAAAAACCCUAUCCACCCCCCCCCCNCCCCCCCCCCCCCCGUAUCCACAAUGCCCAACCCCACACUCAAAAUCAUUCUAGGUUUUGCUAUACAGUGAGAACAAGUGAUGAUACUGAUGGCUGUUAAACUUCUGUUCCCUUUGUUUCUACUUACUUGUUUUCUGCUUCACCUCUGUGCUUCCACUUCUGUCCCUAAUAAGACACUUGAUUCACAAGUAGUUUCAUCUUCUGGGAAUCAAAGUCAUGAUGAUGGAAGAUGUGAUCCUGGUUGGUUUAGCAGCCCAAAUGGGAAAAAGUGUUUCAAAUAUAAUGCGACCUCUUUGCAAUGGACUGAAUCAGAGACUUACUGCAAUGGUUUUGGAGGAAACCUGGCUGCCAUAACAUCUUCAGAAGAACUGAACUUUGUCCAAAAGCUUUGUGGCAAUGAUAGUAACGGAUGCUGGGUUGGCGGAAGGAGCAUCCAUACCACAGCUGGGUUGGGUUGGAAAUGGUCUGAUAAUGCUUCUAGCUGGAAUGAGAGUAUUGCUCCUAAGACAACUUUGGACUCAAGUUGCAAAAAUUUCUCAUGCUAUGGCUUUAAGUCGGUGGAUUUGUGUACAUCGAUAACCAAUGGUGCUAUUAUAGCUGAGAGAUGCAAUGUAACUCAUGCUUCUAUAUGCACACUUGGUGCUGGGAGCAAGUGUCGCCAUAUGCGUUGCCACAGGGAGUAUCUCAUUAUUCUUGCAGUUGUGAGUGGGUUGAUCCUUUGCACUACUUUGGCUAUUGUGAUAUGGCUUCUUGUAUUUAGGCGAAGUAAAAGACGCAAAAGAUCAUCGCGUGCAUCAUUAGCAUUAGUUCCCCCGUCUUGGAAAAUUUUCAAUCGUGAUGAAGUAAAGUCCAUGACAAAGAAUUUCAGUGAAGCAAAUCGUCUCCUUGGGGAUGCCAAAACAGGUGGUACCUAUAGUGGGCUUUUACCUGAUGGUUCAAGGGUGGCUGUGAAAAGAUUGAAGAGGUGCGGUAUUCAGAGGAAGAAAGAGUUCUACUCUGAGAUUGGAAGGGUUGCAAGACUUCAUCAUUCAAAUCUGGUAUCUAUCAAAGGAUGUUGCUAUCAUCAUGGUGACCGCUAUAUUCUGUACGAGUUUAUUAUCAAUGGACCCCUGGAUAGGUGGCUACACCAUAUUCCUAGAGGAGGUAGGAGUUUAGACUGGAGCAUGAGAAUGAAGGUCGCCACCACCCUUGCUCAAGGGAUUGCGUUUCUUCAUGACAAAAUGAAGCCACAAGUUGUGCAUAGGGAUAUCCGUGCAAGCAAUGUUCUUCUUGACGAAGACUUUGGCGCCCAUCUAAUGGGAGUUGGUCUGUCUAAGUUUGUACCAUGGGAAAUUAUGCAUGAGAGGAGAGUCAUGGCAGGUGGUACUCAUGGGUAUCUUGCUCCGGAGUUUGUUUACAGAAAUGAGCUUACUACAAAGAGUGACGUCUACAGCUUUGGAGUCCUCUUGCUUGAAAUAAUUAGUGGACGAAGACCAGCACAGGCAGUUGAUUCUGUUGGGUGGCAAAGUAUAUUUGAAUGGGCCACGCCUCUGGUGCAGGCUCAUCGAUAUGUUGAACUCUUGGAUCCUCUCAUAUCAUCUUCUUCCUCUUCUCAGAUUCCUGAAGUUGGAGUCAUCCAAAAAGUUGUUGAUCUUGUUUAUUCUUGUACACAACAUGUACCAUCAAUGCGUCCGAGGAUGUCACACGUCGUCCAUCAGCUACAACAAUUAGCUCAGCCCCCUAUUGUAAAGUAAGUGGAUAAGAAUUAUAGUUCAGCAUUUCUUUUGACUGAAACCAGCCUGCAAUCUUUUAUCCUAGUUGCAAGGGCUAAUUGUAUUAGGCAUUAUUUUUGAACUUGACAUGCAAGGCCUUGAGGCUUGAACCAGUCCAUGAUGGUUGAGAUGUAAUACAACAACUAAUCUGUAUCACCAAAGCCAGUAUGCUUUCAUCUGCUGCUGCUUUGCAUUGUUUACUUGUAGCACCUGUAUUU